AGAAUUUAAGUCGAAAAUCGAUACAAGAAAUAUGUGAUAAUAAGUUGGCAACAGCCAUCGAUAAUGAUUGGUUAUUACGUUACAUUCAACAACCGACUGAUGUUAUUGAAGAAUGUUUUAAUCAAAUAUGGAAGCAAGUUCAAACAACAAUCACACAACAAAUUGAUUUGAUGAAACAAGAUAAUCAAGUUACAGUUGUUGAAUGUUUUGAUCGUUUACAGCACAUUCAUACUAUGAUUCGAACAAAAGGCUGUGCAAUACAAUUUAUUGAUGAUAUAUUUCAGUCGGGUGAUGGUAUAGCAAAUGAAAACUUAAGUAAUAAAGGACGAUGUAUGGCAUUGUUAUUGUAUGCCUAUCUUUCGGGACAAAACAUACCAGAUAAUUAUGAAGUACAUCAAAAAAGUUAUAAAUUAAAAGAAAACGGAUGUAACAUGUUUAAACAAUUACCGAAAUGUGGUUCAAAAUUAAUUGAAUUGAUCGUUGAAAUGAAGGACACAUUUGAACAAUGUUCAAUCGCAAAUUUAUCAAU